UGGGAUUAUAGUCGCCGGUAGACAUUCAAUCGUACACAAUGUUCCACGUAGUCUUCUUAGCGUUAUAUUGUUUGAUUAGCAACGUGCUCUCGGUACCUUUGCCGGAAUACAUCAAGGUGUGCAAACGUGAUCAGAGCAGUAUCAAUGAAUGUGUCAAGAAUUCCGUACAAAGCCUUCGCCCCAACCUGAUAGCUGGUAUACCGGAGAUCAAUGUGCCCAGUAUCGAACCGUUUUAUAUAACAGAGGUGGUAGCUAUUAAUGGCGACUUGGCGCCACUCAAGGCGUCAGCAACAAAUGUGAAAGUUUCAGGCGCUGGCAAUUUUUCGAUUAAAAGCUUGGAUCUUGAUUUAGAAACGUACACGAUUCAAGCCCGUGUCCGCUUCCCACUCCUUCACCUGGAAGGCAACUAUAAGAUGGACGCUCAGAUACUCGUAAUACCGCUUAAGGGACAGGGAAAACUCUACGCCGAUGCAGUGAAAUGCGACGCAGACAUUGAAUUGAAGACCAAAGUCUACGAACGCGACGGCAAGCAAUACAUGAAGUUCACAAGUAUGACUGUUGCGUUAAGCCUGAAGGACUACAAUAUUCGUCUCACUGGACUCUUUAAUGGGGACAAGGCGCUAGAGGAAGCUACAAACGAAGCGAUUAACCAAAACCGAGGGGAGUUCUUGCAAGCGAUCAAACCAUACCUCGAGAAGACCGUCGCCAAAGUGCUGCUGGACUCCGCCAAUAAGAUUGUCCACCCGUUGCCUCUAGAAGAUCUUUUCCCAAUGCCUUGAAUAAAUGUUAAUUAAAA